CAGAAAUGGAUAAGAAGCGAACAAAAGGAAAAUCAAAGAAUGCACUUUCUGAUAAUAGUGGAGAAGAUCCUCAUGCUGAUGUAUCCACUAAAUCAAAACAAAAGCGAGUGAGGUCUGAGAUCCGGGAAAAUGUGCCUGGUUCACCAAAAAUGCCAAAGCGAACAGUUUCCUCCACCACCUCCAAGCAUAAAUCAAUACGCUCGUCAGAUAAGUCCAUGAUUGUUGAAGCUAAAAGAAUUCAAGUAGUGAAAGAUGAGGAAACAGCUAUAAGCUCGACAACUGGCCAGGUUGAUAUUAAGCCAAACAGACGAUUGACAGAUUUCAUCUUUCACGAUGCAGAUGGAAAGCCACAGCCUGUUGAGAUGCUAGAAGUAUGUGAUUUAUAUGUUUCUGGUCUCAUUCUGUCUUUGGAGGGACCUUCAGGCGAAGAGAAGGAUACAGGGGUUCUAUGUGAAGGAUUUGGACCCCUUGAAUCUUGGGCAAUAUCUGGGUAUGAAGAUGGUUCACCAGUCAUAUGGGUCUCCACGGAAAUUGCUGAUUAUGACUGUGUUAAACCUGCCACCAGCUACAAAAUGUUGUAUGGCCUUUUCUUUGAAAAGGCUCGUGCAUGUGUUGAAAUUUAUAAAAGACUAUCAAAAUCUUCUGGAGGCAAUCCUGACCUUUGUGCUGAUGAGCUACUUGCAGCGGUUGUCCGCUCACUGAGUGGGAGUAAAAAUUUUCCUCGUGGAGCAUCUAUCAAAGACUUGAUAAUUUCCUGGGGUGGGUUCAUAUAUAAUCAGCUGAUUGGCUUGGAUGAGACAUCCACCAACAAUGAUCAGAUGUUUAGUGAACUGCCUGUUCUUGUUGCCCUUAGGGAAAAUAGUAAGAAAUGUAAGGAUUUUGAGCCUGCAAAGACAGUUCCAUCUGGAGUGGUGUUGAGAACAGAUGUGAGAACUGGAGAUGGCGACACAAUGAAUCAGUUAAAUACCUCCACUUGUGCAACCGAGGAAGAUGAAGAUGAAGAUAUGAAAUUGGCUUCAUUGUUGCAGGAAAAAGAGAAUUGGCAAUCAUUGAGGCAUAAGAAAAGGCAACGUUCAGUUACUUCCUCUAACAAGUUCUAUCUGAAGAUCAAUGAAGAUGAGAUUGCAAAUGACUAUCCGUUUCCAGCUUAUUAUAAAACCUCCAUCCCAGAGACAGAUGAGUACAUAAUAUUUGACAAUGAUAUGGAUGCUUAUGAUCCUGAUCAGCUUCCUCGAAGCAAGCUUCAUAACUGGUCUCUUUACAAUUCAGACUCGAGAUUGAUUUCAUUGGAGCUUCUGCCAAUGAAGCCAUGUGCUGAUAUUGAUGUGACCAUUUAUGGUUCGGGAAUUAUGACGGCUGAUGAUGGCAGCGGAUUUUGUCUUGAUGCUGACUCCCAUCUUUCUUCUUCUAGUUCUUCCGGGUCACAGGAUGUGGACGGUAUCCCAAUGUAUUUGAGUGCAAUAAAGGAGUGGAUGAUUGAAUUUGGAUCAUCAAUGGUCUUUAUUUCAAUUCGAACGGAUAUGGCCUGGUAUCGCCUGGGAAAGCCAUCAAAGCAGUACACUCCCUGGUAUGAACCAGUUUUAAAAACAGCGAGGCUUGCAAUUAGCAUCAUUACAUUGUUGAAGGAGCAGAGCCGAGUAUCACGUCUCUCUUUUGCAGAUGUCAUUAAGAGUGUGUCUGAAUUCAACAACGAUCACCCCUCUUACAUUUCUACCAGUCCGACUGUCGUGGAGAGGUAUGUGGUAGUUCAUGGGCAGAUAAUACUGCAACAAUUUGCUGAGUAUCCUGAUCAUACUAUUAGGAAGUGUGCUUUUGUGAACGGUCUUUACGAGAAAAUGGAAGAACGACAUCAUACCAAGUGGUUAGUGAAGAAAAAAGUGAUAUUGAAGAAGGAAGCAAAUAUGAACCCAAGAGCAACAAUGGCGCCCCUAGUCUCAAAAAGGAAGGCAAUGCCAGCUACAACAACCAGACUAAUUAGUAGAAUUUGGGGGGAGUACUACUCGAAUUACUUGCCUGAUGACUCGAAGGAGGAUAAUGGUCAAGAACUGAAGUAUGAUGAAGUUGAGGAAGAAGAAGAAGAAAAUGAAGAGGAAGACACUGAAGAGGUAGAAGAACAGAAAAUUCUACUGCCCGAGGAAAUUAAGAAACCUCAAUUAGCAUCAAAACAUAGGAAAACAGAUUAUUCUACAUCAGAAAUUGUAUGGGAUGGGGACACAGUUGGAAAAACAUGUGCAGGUGAGGCUAUUUAUAAACAAGCUAUUGUCCGUGGGAAUGUGGUUGCUGUAGGUGGUUCGGUGCUGGUGGAAACAGCUAACUCGAAUGAAUAUCUUCCUAUCUAUUUUGUAGAGUACAUGUUUGAAGACUUUGAUGCCAGGAAAUUGGUUCAUGGAAGAUUAAUGCUAAGAGGAUUUCAGACUGUUCUUGGCAACACUGCUAAUGAGAGGGAGGUAUUUCUGACAAAUGAUUGCUUGGAAUUUGAGCUUAGUGAUGUUAAAGAACCUGUGGUUGUGGAAACACGAUUAGUGCCUUGCGCCUAUCAACAUCGUAAGGAUAAUGCCAAUAGGGAUAAGAUUGAGAGGGCAAGAGCAGAGGAUAGGAAAUGUAGAGGAUUGCCCAUGGAAUACUUUUGUAAAAAUUUGUACUGGCCUGAGAGAGGUGCCUUCGUUUGUUUGCAUACUGAUAAAAUGGGUCUUGGUACUGGGCAUUGCCACUCGUGUAAAAUAAAACAAUCCCAGAAUGAGAACGUCUUUAUGCUAAAUCCAGCGAUGACAAGUUUUGCAUACCAUGGUACUGAGUACCAUGUUCAUGACUUUCUCUAUUUAGGUCCUCAUCAUUUUGCAGUGGAUCCAAGGGACAAUGAGACUUUUAAGAGUGGGAGGAAUGUGGGUCUUAAAGCGUAUGUGGUUUGUCACUUGCUGGAAAUCGAAGUGCCUAAGUCUCCUAAACAAGCUGACCUUGAAACUGUGAAGGUCAAAGUUAGGAGGUUUUUCAGACCAGAGGAUAUUUCAGCAGAGAAAGCAUACCGCUCUGAUAUUCGAGAGGUUUAUUACAGUGAAAAAAUAGUCAUGCUACCCAUAGCUGCUAUAGAAGGAAAGUGUGAAGUUAGAAAAAAGCAAGAUCUUCCAUCUCUGGAUAGCCCCUAUAUCUUGGAGCAUGUUUUCUUUUGUGAACAUCUCUAUGACCCUGAGAAGGGAGCUCUCAAGCAGUUGCCAGCUUGCAUUAACCUAAAUCCCUUUGGAGAAAGGAUAAUUAACGAUGCUGCAAGUAGAAAGAUAAAAGGGAAAUAUAAAGAAGGAGAAAAUGAUUUAAACAUCAUUGACAAACAAAGUGAUUUGAAGAAUUGCCUGGCCACACUAGACAUUUUUGCUGGUUGUGGCGGAUUAUCUGAAGGUUUACAGCAAUCAGGUGUAUCAGUGACCAAGUGGGCAAUUGAGUAUGAUGAACCUGCAGGCGAAGCAUUUAACCUUAAUCAUCCAGAGGCAUUGACAUUCAUUGAUAAUUGCAAUGUGAUCCUCAGGGCUAUCAUGGCAGCAUGUGGGGAUUCAGAUGACUGUAUUUCAACUUCUGAGGCUGCUGAGUUGGCUUCAAAGCUUGAUGAAAAGAAGAUUAGUGUUCUGCCUCGCCCUGGACAAGUGGAUUUCAUAAAUGGAGGGCCACCGUGCCAGGGUUUUUCUGGGAUGAACAGAUUUAAUCAGAGCACUUGGAGCAAGGUUCAAUGUGAAAUGAUCUUGUCGUUCUUGUCUUUUGUUGAUUACUUCCGGCCCAAGUUUUUCCUCCUUGAGAAUGUGAGGACGUUCAUAUCUUUCAAUAAACGGCAGACAUUUCAGUUAACUUUGGUUUCUCUCCUUGAAAUGGGUUAUCAGGUGAGGUUUGGAAUUUUGGAAGCUGGGGCAUAUGGUGUUUCUCAAUCACGUAAACGUGCAUUCAUAUGGGCAGCAUCUCCUGAAGAGACACUCCCCGAAUGGCCAGAGCCUAUGAAUGUUUUUGCGGGUCCAGAACUUAAGAUUACAUUAAAUGCAAAUAUCCACCAUGCUGCCGUUCGAAGUACUGCAACUGGUGCCCCUUUUCGUGCAAUAACUGUAAGAGAUACUAUUGGUGAUCUCCCGGCUGUUGGAAAUGGGGCUUCAGUUACAGCUAUGGAUUACAAGAAUGAACCUGUCUCUUGGUUUCAAAAAGGGAUUCGAGGAGGUAUGCAUGUCUUAACUGAUCAUAUUUCCAAAGAAAUGAUUGAGUUAAAUCUCAUUCGGUGCCAAAGAAUUCCCAAACGUCCAGGUGCUGACUGGCGUGACCUCCCAGAUGAGAAGGUUCUGUUAUCGAAUGGACAGGUGGUUGACUUAAUACCCUGGUGCUUACCAAACACAGCCAAGAGGCAUAACCAAUGGAAGGGACUUUUUGGUAGGUUGGACUGGGAAGGAAACUUUCCAACCUCUAUCACUGAUCCUCAACCCAUGGGAAAGGUUGGAAUGUGCUUUCACCCUGAACAGGAUAGGAUACUCACUGUCCGGGAAUGUGCUCGAUCUCAGGGUUUUCCUGAUAGCUAUAAAUUUGCUGGAAACAUUCAAAAUAAACAUAGGCAGAUAGGCAAUGCUGUCCCUCCUCCUUUGGCCUUUGCGUUGGGGAGGAAACUCAAGGAAGCAAUAGAAGGAAAAUGCUCAACAAAGUGGCAUUGCGCUGAUCUGGCCAGUUAGUUUUCUGCUCAUUUGGGUUGGUAACUGGAGGUGAAUAUUUGCAAAUCAAACACAAUACUUCUGUAAACACAGACAAAUUGUUUUUGGUCCUCAAAAACAAUAUUAUAGAGUUAGAUACACAGAAGAGUUCACCAGGCAUACCCCUCUUCAUUUGUAGUGAAAAAUUGUAAAGGUAAACAUACCUCUCUUCAUCUCUGGUCAAAACGCCACAUGUAUUGUUGAUUAUUGGAACUGAGGUAAUAAAUGGAAUUCACUGCAGCA